AUGAUAGAGGGAAACUUGGGUGAUCUAAUUUGGGGAAGUGUAGAACUGACAUUGAAUGUUCUAUUAUUAGAUAGAUUGAGGUUGCCUUAAAAAAUGCCAGCUUCGGGGGUAUUGAAGUUGUCACUCAUUCAUGAGUACAAUAAUUACUCAGACACCAAGGUGAGAUAUGUAGUUGCCUCACUACUUACCCCAGAUAUAUAUAAAUACUUUCGUAAUUUCCAAGAUCCACUUCAAUUCAUUUAUGGGUGCUUCAUGUUCUUCGAUCUCUUUGUCAUCUUAGAGGUUAUCACUAACACUGAAACUAUUUAAGCUGCCACUCUCCUCUUAAGAAUAUUGCGUAUAAUCAAUUUAAUUCAUCAAAUCCUCAAAGCUGCCAUGACUAUCAAAUUCAAAAAGACUAUAAAAUACAUACCUCCUCCAGUUUCUAAGCCAUGCGAAGUAUCUCCUCCUUAAUCUUUGAUUACAACUAAGGCUAAUUCUAAUGAAGAUGAAUACGAAUAAGAAGUAACCAAACAGCCCAAAAAAGCAUUAAAUCCAUGCUUGUACUAAUUCAACAUUAGAACUUCUAAAUCUUCUGUGAUAACAAUAACUACCAAUGAAAUUACUUAAUUAGAUUCUAUUUUGGAUGACCAAUUGUGUUUUGACAAAAGAACCUUGCUUAUGAUUAAGCUGAAUCUUUGUCUUAAAGCAUAUCAUCAAAACAAUAUAAAAAAGUUACCCACAUCUGAAAUACUACUCUAACAGAUAGCAAACUAUUAGGCUGAGUUAAUGCUCAUACAUUCUUGA